GUCUCAGAGCUCAGGUGUGAAAAAGUGACUGACAGGUGAACAGGUGAACAGGUGAACAGGUGAAGAGACUCUGACAGAGUGAAACGGUGUCAGGAUAGUUCACAGUCCAACUUUACACCCACAGGUACUGAGUUCAGGUGAAGUUCUGCAGCGCCAGAGGAGAUGAUCUCUGUUUAGUGUUCAUAACUGACGAACUGCUGACAUCAGUGAUAGGACACCUGGUCCGGUCCGGUCCGGUUUCAGGUGUCAGGGCCUGGGAGUGAAAGACGGUCACGAGAGGAGAGAGACCAGUGAAAGUUGACUGGUAGCUGAAGAGGUGCCAGUUCACUUCUUGGGUUGCUGCCGAGGUGCCCUUCAACAAGGCACCGAACCCCCCAUGUGCUCCCCGGGCGCUGACAUGGCAGCGCACUGUAAUUAGCUGGCAGCCACCGCCAUGUCAGUGGACUGCCUGGGCUCACACGCCGUGCUGUCUGGGCGGCGUUUCCUGUACAUGGUGAACCUGGAGGCUCCGUCUGAACCUCCCAGGAAAAUUGGCCGACAGAGUAAAUGGGACGUUGGGACGGUGCAGUGGAAUCCUCACAGAGCAGAGUCGCACGUCUUCGCUGCCUCAAGUAACCAGCGUGUGGAUCUGUACUCGUGGAGGGACGGCUGUGGAGAAGUGCACACCUCCCUGCAGGGACACACCCGGGUCAUCAGUGAUCUGGACUGGUCCUGGUUUGAACCGGAGUUCCUGGUCACCAGCUCAGUGGACACCUACAUCUACAUCUGGGACACCAGAGACACUCGGAAGCCCACUGUGGCUCUGUCUGCUGUCGCCGGGGCGUCGCAGGUGAAGUGGAACAGGAAGAACCAGUACCUGCUGGCGUCCAGCCACGAUGGAGAUGUCCGGAUAUGGGACAAAAGAAAGCCGAACACGGCGGCCGAGUACGUGGCUGCUCACCUGUCCAAGAUCCACGGCCUCGACUGGCAUCCAGACAACGAGUUCAUCCUCGCCACGUCGAGCCAGGACAACUCAGUGAGGUUUUGGGAUUACCGACAGCCCAGGAAGUAUCUGAACAUCCUAUCCUGUCAGGUCCCAGUGUGGAAGGCCAGGUACACGCCGUUCUCUAACGGUCUGGUCACAGUGAUGGUUCCUCAGCUGAGGAGAGAGAACAGUCUGUUGCUCUGGAGCACGCUCGACCUCAACAGUCCCGUUCACGCCUUCGUCGGACACGACGACGUGGUGCUCGAGUUCCAGUGGAGGCCGCAGAAAGAAGGCUCUAAGGAUUACCAGCUGGUCACCUGGUCAAGAGACCAGACCCUGAGGAUCUGGAGGGUGGAUCCUCAGCUGCAGAAGCUGUGUGUCAGUGACGUGGACGAGCUGAUGGAUGGGAUGUCCCUCACGGUGGAGACGGAGAAGUCGCUGUCGUCUCAGGAACCCGACAGCCAGCACAGCCUCGGUCCUGCAUCUGAAAACCUGCAGGAUCCGGACUCUGGAGGUCGUCAGGACUCGGCGGGGGGUUCAGGUCUCACUCAGACUCUGCAGCAGGAGUUCUCUCUGGUCAACCUGCAGAUCAGAAACGUCAACGUGGAGAUGGACGCUGUGAACCGCAGCUGUGUGGUGUCGGCUCACUUCGGCAGCCAUCAGGUUCACCUGGUGGUGAAGUUUCCCGCUCAGUAUCCAAACAACGCUGCGCCAUCCUUCCAGUUUGUCUCCCCGACGACCAUCCCGUCUGCCAUGAAGACCAAGAUCCAGAAGAUUCUGACGGACACGUCGCUCCAGAAGGUGAAGAGGAACCAGAACUGUCUGGAGCCGUGUGUCCGACAGCUGGUGUCCUGUCUAGAGUCGGACAUGACGCAGGAGGACCCCUUCGUCAUCUCCAACCCCGUCACUCCGGCCCUGCAGGCGUUUCCUCGAGUCACCAACACGUACGGCUCCUAUCAGGAUGCCAACAUCCCGUUCCCUCGGACCUCCGGCGCUCGCUUCUGUGGUACCGGCUGUCUGGUUUACUUCACCCGCCCAAUCACCAUGCACCGCUCUGUCCCGCCCACCGAGCCCACGCCCAGGUCCCUGUCAGCUCUGUCAGCCUAUCACAGCGGAGUGCUGACACCAAUGAAGAUGCGUUCAGAGUCUCAGAGCACUCUGCGGUUGUACAGCGGCAGCCCGACUCGCUCCGACAAAGACACCGUCUCCAUCUCCUCCUUCUACUAUAAAGAACGGAAAUCCCGCCGGUUUAAGACGAAGCGAGAGGGGACGGACUAUGGCAACCGUCCAAUCAAACUGGCUGGUAAAGUCAUCAUCCAGGACAUCUCCUGCCUGCUGCCCGUCCACAAGUCUCUGGGAGAGAGCUACAUUCUGAACAUGAACGACAUCCAGGAAACGUGUCAGAAGAACGCAGCAGCAGCGCUCACAGUCGGACGGCGAGACGUGGCGAAGGUGUGGGCCCUGGCCUCGGCAGCGACCAGUCAGGACCUGAGUCCAGACUCAGACCCGGACACAGAGACCCCCUGGGCCAGACACCCGUUUGGUCGGCAGCUGCUGGAGACUCUGUUGGAUCACUACAGUCACAUGAGUGACGUUCAGACUCUGGCCAUGCUGUGCAGUGUGUUCAGAGCUCAGGCUCCGCCCCCCGACUGUUACUCCCUGUAUGGACAUCACGCGUCACGCUCCGCCAUGUUCCCCCCACACCACUCACGAUAUCCGAGCUACACGUCGAGCUCCGUCACCUCGGGCUCGUGCUCCAGCACCUCUGACUCCAUCACUACAACCACCUGGAACACAGGUCGGGACUCUGAACACGCCAACCCCUGGGGUGAGUCCUCCCCUGACGACUAUCGCUAUGGCAACCAGGGUUACACAGAUCCACGGGAACGAGAGCGAGAACAGCACGACAUGAACAAGAGACUGCUGGACCCCGCCAACAUGCUGCAGUUUGAUGACUUUAAGAAAUGUUACGGUGAGAUCCUGUACCGCUGGGGUCUGAGGGAGAAACGAGCCGACGUGCUCAAGUUUGCCUCGUGCCCUCCUGAACCUCACAAAGGCAUCGAGUUCGGAGUGUACUGCUGUCACUGUCGCAGUCAGGCUCGUGGGACUCAGUGUGCCGUCUGUAAGCGUCUCACCUUCCAGUGCGCCAUCUGCCACGUGGCUGUACGCGGCUCCUCUAACUUCUGCCUGAGCUGUGGACACGGAGGACACACCAGUCACAUGAUGGACUGGUUCCGCCGGCAGGAUGAGUGUCCGGCCGGCUGUGGCUGCCACUGUCUGCUGCAGAGCACCUUCUGAUGAUACGGGGACGCUCUGCAGAGACACACCAACACACCGCCGUGAAGAAGAUUUACUCUGACAGCCUUCGAUGAGCCUCUGAUACACGGAGCUGCAGCUGCACCAUCAUGUGAUCACACAGCAGCUCCAAUAGAAAGUGAUGAUGUCAGCGUCAGUCCGUCCAACACAAGACUACACUUGAUGGACAUUCAUGGUCCCCAGAGGAUAAAUGCACCUGACCUGUCCUCAGACUGAAACCUCCACUUGGACAGUAGAAGUAAUAAAAGCUACUGGCUUCUCUCUAACAGAUGAACUCAUGAUGUUCUGGACACGAUGAUGUUUGGUGGCAUCAGCCUCAGAAUGAAGCAUCAGAGCUGCAGUCUGAGCCGUCUGCUCACCUGUCAGUCAUCUCAAACACACCGUCACUGCUGAGCGCUGCUGCGGCUACAGUUUUCAUGGUAGCUGUAUUUUUUUUUUGUCUUAAUAUUUUGCUCUCAUAGUCAGCAGAGUUGUAUGAGAGCUGAUUUGAAUCAGAAUAUAUUCAGACACAUGAAGAAAAGUCCGAAUGAGAUUAUUCUGAGUUACAGAAGCUCAUGGGACAGAGGCUAGACAGGAAGUGAUGUCAUGACCUUGGCUUCUUGCUGUUUUUUUCACUGUGAUGAUCUCCCCUUGUUAGCCAUGCCCACAGCAACAUGAUGAGAACAUAACAUUUGAGGCUAAACAGAGAAUUUAAGAAAUGUGUGAUGAUGUGAUGUCACUGCGUCACAGCGGCCCGACACCACUCACUGCUGCACGUGUGAUCACAGGACCGGUUUUAAAUGUGAAGCAGAAAUAACAAUUCUCUGUGUGAGAGAAAAUUAAAUGUUUCAGGAGUUCAUGAAUGUACUUAAUAUAAAAUAAUAAUGAAAGUCUGUUUGAAUUCAGUCAGUGUGUCAUUUCAGAAGAGAAUUAAAUCUAAAGCUCAACACUGUACAAAUUCUUGAUGAACCCCUGAGACAUUAUUGACAUCGAGUCUUUGGUUGGCCGUUGUAGUUGUGUUUUUUUAAUU